AUUGAUUACGACACUCUUGUCCUGAGCUGUUUGCAGAAAAGAAGGUACGUUCGUUUGCGUCUCUCCUCGGAACAGAAACACCAUGGCAAACAGACCAAAGGGAUUCGGAAUGUCUGCGGAUUUAGCUCGCAAGGCCGCAGCCAAGUAUGACAGUCAACAAGAAGCAAAUGCUAUUGAGUGGAUUGAAGCUGUUUUGGGUAGAAAUGUGUUUGGUGGUAAAUGUGGGCAAGAUCAUGUUCAUGAGGUGUUGAAGGAUGGAACAGUCCUUGUCGAACUGGCUAAUGCACUUCGCUCUGCAGACCCUUGUAAUAGCCUAGGCUGUACAGUGAAGGGUAAUACAAGUACUGCUCCCUUCAAACAGAUGGAAAAUAUUGCAAAUUAUCUAAGUUUCUGCUCAAAGAUGUUGGGAGUAGAGGCUUCUGAUUGCUUUCAGACUGUAGACCUGUAUGAAAAGCAAAACAUGGAUAAUGUCAUUAAGCAGAUAAAUGCAGUUGGACGUAAGGCUCAAGCAAAAGGUUUAAGUGUUCGCCCAUUAGGACCCAAGGAGGCCACUGAAAACAAACGUGAAUUCACAGAAGAGCAACUCAAGGAGGGAAAGAAUGUCAUUGGAAUUCAAAUGGGAACCAACAAACUUGCCUCGCAAGCUGGAGAGCAUUUUGGCCGUCCCAGGCAGGUUGCUGGGCAUGAUGCCUAUGCUGGAGUGAAGGGCUUAACAGUCCCUUGUCUGGGCCCAAAAGAGGCUCAAGCUAACGUGCGGGAAUUUACAGAGGAGCAGCUCAAGCAGGGCCAGAAUGUUAUUGGCCUCCAGAUGGGAUCCAAUAAAGGUGCCUCACAGUCAGGUGACCAUUAUGGUCGUGCAAGGCAGAUUGCUGGAUUACAUAUUAAUGAUAAUUAUUACCAAGUGGAUAGUCUAAUUCUAUCAACUCAACUUCUUUGUCAGACGUUGCUUGUUAAGGAACUCACUAGAAUGGCUUCUCGACCUAAAGGAUUUGGUAUGACGGCUGAACUGGCGCGAAAGAAAGACGCAAAAUAUGAUCCAGAGCUGGAAGCUCAAAUAAGAACCUGGAUCAAUGCAGUUCUUGGUGGAGAAGUUCUUAAACCAGAGCCUGAUCAAAAAGAUUUCCAUGAAUCAUUGAAGAGUGGGGAUAUUCUUGUCGAUCUGGCAAACGCGCUUGGUGGAAAAAUAAAGAAGAAUCCAAGCAAGAUGGCUUUCAAAAUGAUGGAGAAAAUUGGACAAUUUCUGGCUUUCUGUGAUGAACUAGGAGUUCCUAAAAGUGAUAUAUUCCAGACUGUGGACUUGUAUGAAGGACAGAAUAUUCCUCAAGUCAUCAGUGGACUGCAUGCUUUUGCGCGGAAGGCUCACUCGAUAGGAAAACCAGUCCCUCCGUUAGGACCCAAAGAAGCGACAGCAAACAAGCGCGAAUUCACAGAGGAGCAACUCAAGGAAGGACAGAAUGUGAUCGGGCUCCAGAUGGGUAGCAACAAAGGUGCCUCGCAGUCGGGAGACCAUUUUGGCCGUCCCAGACAGGUGGCCGGGUCAAAUGUCUACAAAUGAGGUCCAAAACUUGUGUGUGUUCUUCAGAACAUAAAUUUGUCGUGGUUCAUGACAAGGUUGUAAUUUGUGGGAAGAACAAGAUUCGGUAUUUCGUGCAUAAGAUAUAUGUAGUGUAUUUAUACGUUGAUUCAGUAAUCGUUUCCACUUUGAUCAUUUGAUACUCCUGUUUCUUAAUUGUUGGCGUUGAAGAACUUUCUAGAAUGAUUUAGUUUUGGACAAAUAAAUUGCUUGGAUUUGUCAGUGUUUUAAAUUAUUUUCUCCUGUUUUUGCAGGGGUUAUCGAGUAACCUUUCGUAGAAUGAAAAGCGUGACAGGGAAGUAAAAUCAAUGUUUUCUAAGAUAUGAAAAGAAUAAAGAAAAUCUUGUCCAGAAUUUUUAA